AGCCUUAAUGAUUGCCAACCUCCGAUAGGAGAUGGCACUAGAAGAAGAAGAAGAAGAAGAAUAAUAAUAAUUUAGUAAUUAAUCUCAUCAGAGUAAUUACAAAUUACUUUUGCGAACUUAUCCAAUCUCCAUUGAUAUUCAGUCAGCAAAAUAUUGUUAUUCAAAAUACAGUUACGCUAAAAAAAAUCUAAUUAUCCAACAACAUGCUAUAUCUAAAGAAAAAACUGAUAAAUCUAGACAAGGCGCUAGAGCGAGAAAAGAAUAUUUAUGCCGUAUGCUUCGUACUUACCAAUGGUGGAUAUUCAAAGACCUGUUUAUUACUAGUGCUAUCCGUAUAAAAGGAAACCGCAAAUUAAAAAUUAUCUCUCCUUUUAAAGGAAACGUUGGCUUAGAGAUUUACGAUGAACAGUUUAAUAAAUAAAGUGGUUAUUGUUACCGGAGGUGCAAAUGGCAUAGGUGCGCAAAUUGUACAGGAAUUAAUAAAGGAACAGACUAAGUAUGUGGCCAUUGUUGAUCUCGAUGACGCGUCCGGAGUCACAUUACAAAACAAACUAAAAGAAGAGUAUGGGCGAGAUGUGGCUGGUUUCUAUAAAUGUGACGUCACAAACGAUGCUAUAUUACAUGGUAUAUUCGACAAAAUAGUUGAAGACUUCGGGACAGUUGACGUCGUAAUUAACAAUGCUGGUAUCGCCACAGAAAAAAUCGAUACUUACAAAAAACUAAUUGACAUAAAUUUUACUGCGACGGUGUCUUCAACUUUGAAAGCUUUAGAGUUGAUGCGUGCUGAUAAUGGUGGUGCAGGAGGCACUAUCAUCAAUAUUUCUUCUAUUGCCGCCUUGACAUUGAUGUCACCUGGUGUGUUUAUAUAUUCAGCUACUAAAAGUGCGGUGUUACAUCUUAGCACAUGUAUGGGGAAAGAAGACUAUUACCGCCAUACCAAAGUUCGAGUUAUGACGACGUGUUUUGGAGCAACUGAUACUGAAAUUAUAGAUAAAAUGAUAAGUUUUGAUGAGUUGGUAACAGAAAAUAUGCUUAAUAUAAUAGAGGGAUUCAAAAAAGAAAAUAUGAUUCAAUCGUCUAAUGCAGCAGCUCAAGGCGUGGUCGAGGCCUACAAAACGGGAAAGACUGGAAGUACAUGGCUCAUUGAUGGAGGCAAAAUCAUGGACAUCUCCGACAGAAUAUGUGACGCUUUCAAAAUAAUGUCCACUGGUAUUAAAAUUGAAGCGAAAACUACAUGAUCUCCUUUUGAAUAAAACUUAUUAAAAAUUAAUGACUAUUUUAUGGAUAGCAUAAUAAUUGAUGAAUAGCAUAAUAUUUUGCUAAAAAACUGUGGUCUUGUUGUUCAUAAGUACAUAUUGUGUUAUUACUGUAAGUUUUUUUUUUAAAUUUUAACUACUAUGACAUUGAAUUUCUUAUUUCAUUUUAUCUGAUUGAGUAAUGUUUUAAUUUUUAAUUUUUCGAUGUAUAAUGAACCAGAAAAGUUUUAAUGUUUUAAGAUUCACUAACAAUUUGCACACCAGGACCUGGUAGAAUGUGUAAAGUGACUCAACUUAUGUAAGACCACUUGUACCCACUUUCCAGCGAAUAAACCAUUAUACGUAUUUAUUU